AAUGGAAGCGCAUGCGCUUUGGGGCUCCCCGUCACUGAGGAAACGCCUGAGGAGGGAGAGGCGAGGGGAGCUAGGCCGCGGUCGGAGCCGGGGGCUCGCGUAGAUGUCUUCUCCGGAGGAGGCGCGCGUGGCGCCGGCCCCCGAGGGGGACCUGCCCCCGGAAUGGGAAUCGGACGAAGAGCGCAUGGCCUUCCUGUUCUCGGCCUUCAAGCAGAGCCGGGAGGUCAACGCCACCGAAUGGGACAGCAAGAUGGGCUUCUGGAGCGAGCUGGUGCUGAAGCGCGGGCGCCGCCGGAAAGGGGUCCGCACUUGCCUGCGCGAGCUGCAGCAGGCCUUCGAGCGGCGGGGGAGCGUCCCCCUGGGGCUGGGCACCGUGCUCCGGGAGCUGCUCAGACGUGGCAAGUUGCAGAGGGAAUCUGACUUCAUGACCAGUGUAGACAGCAGCUGGAUCUCCUGGGGCGUAGGAGUCUUCAUUCUGAAGCCGCUGAAGUGGACCCUCUCCAGCGUAUUGGGUGACAGUAAAGUGCCGGAGGAGGAGGAAGUUCUGAUUUAUGUGGAGCUCCUUCAGGAGAAGGCCGAAGAAGUGUAUCACCUGUACCAGAAUUCCACCCUUUCCUCACACCCUGUUGUUGGCCUCUCUGAGCUGCGCGCCCUGUGCAGCAGCAUCUGUCCCGAUGAAAGGACGUUUUGUCUGGUGCUGCUCCAGUUGCAGAAGGAAAAGAGGAUCACAGUCCUAGAGCAGAAUGGAGAUAAGAUAAUGAAAUUUGCCCGCGGUCUUCAUGCCAAAGUAUCCCCCAUGAACGAUGUGGACAUUGGGGUGUAUCAGUUGAUGCAGAGUGAACAGCUGCUGUCACAGAAGGUGGAAUCCCUUGCCCAAGAAGCAGAGAGGUGUAAAGAGGAGGCCCGGAGUGCAUGCAAAGCUGGGAAGAAGCAGCUGGCACUGAGGUGUUUGAAAUCCAAGCAAAGAACAGAAAGACGCAUUACAGAACUUCACUCCAAGCUGGAUGUGGUGCAAGGCAUUCUAGAUCGGAUAUACGCCUCUCAGACAGAUCAGAUGGUAUUUAAUGCCUACCAGGCUGGAGUGGGAGCUCUGAAGCUAUCCAUGAAAGAUGUCACUGUGGAGAAGGCAGAGAACCUGGUGGAUCAAAUUCAAGAGCUUUGUGACACCCAAGAUGAAGUCACCCAAACAUUGGCAGGAGUGGGAAUCAAUGGCUCAGAAGCAGACACUGAAGAAUUGGAAAAGGAACUAGACAAUCUUCUUCUAGAUUCCUCGAAAGAUCUUCCCGACCUGCCUUCCGUUCCGCAGAAACCAUUGUUUCCUACAUCUCUUGUGCUUCCUAGCAUUUCUGAUGCAGAGCUUGAAGCGGAGUUGGAGAAGCUCACCCUUUCAGAUGGAGGAUUGGCACAAAAGACUGACUCAAACGCCUCUGAACCUAAAAGAGCUCGUAUGGAAUUGCAUCUCUAGUGGCUCAAUGCUGCCCUCCUGCUGUGAAGAUGUCUUAACUUUGGUGAUCAUAACUCCAAGAGUAACUUGUGGAAUGUGGGCUGAUGCCCCCUCCUUGCUAGACAGCACUUUUGUAAGAGACAGGAUGUACCGCCACGACAAUCCAUCCUCUUUCAAGCAGACCCCAGCUGCUGUUGCCAUUGUCUUUUUCAGUGCCAAACUCCAGUGUCUAUGGUUGACGUGUCCACCUGUGUUGCCAGCCAUGGUUGCCCUUCUCUGGCAAGUUCACGCUCCUGAUGGAUUUUUAACUUGCCACCCUGCACCCCGAGGGCCCUCCUGCCACUUAAGAAAACACAAGCUAGUUGUGACAGCCAUUGGUGAGAACUAGAAAGGCAGCCAGAUUGAUAGUCCCUGGCUGUUUUGUGUGGUUGUGCGAAAUAUUUGGUGCAACUAACACCAGACACUGACUCUUGACAGCCAGCUAUUGGCAACAAGCUUACACACGUGUUGAUGGUCUUUCUGUUCUUCCUUCUCUGUGUUUGCACGGUUGUGGACAACUUAGAUGUACGAUGGUUUUAUUGUAGGAGACGUUUUGUUGCUGUUCCCACGGGGUUGGAGUGGGUGGCAUCUGUCAACACAAAAUACGAUUUAUCCCCUUUUCUCCAAAACUAGUAUAGCCUUAAGGGAACCCGCAAAGGUUCUCAAAAUGAAGGUGUUUAGGUUUUGUUGCUGCUAGAACAUGAUAAAGUUUUUGAUUAAAAAGUGCUUGUUGGCUUACCUGCAGGCUGAGCAAGUAAUAUAUUCUGCUUUGGUGCACACCUUUCUUUAGUAGUCCCCGGGGAUUCAGGGGAGCUUUUGAAUCAGAAGCUUGUAGACUGUGGAUGUGUAUCCUCUGAGAGGUUCUUGAGUCACAUACGUUGGAAGGCCUUUAAAAAUGGUUUGGACUGAAAUCUCUGUGCCUGUGGCAACUUCCUUGGAGUAUCGCUGUUUCCUAUCACCACAGGAGGCAAAUUCAUUUAGAUAGUAGAAAAGCAAGUGGAUAACAUGUAGGCUAAUGCAUUGGAGGGGUAAAAGUACAAUUAUUCCUCCCCUUUGCAAGCCCCCUUUUCACAAAAUUGUGUGUGUACAGCAAAGAAUGCAGGCUUGCCCUGUUAUGGUUGCUUUCUGUGUAGUAAGAGUGGUUGCUUGAGGCGUAGUGCGUACUAGUGCAUACUCUGUAUACUUCAUGGAGAGCUGUGCAGUGCACCUAGAUUGGGAACAUGAUAUAGUGAGGUGGUGUGGUAAGUAGUUAACUUUUCAGUCAAUUCUGAGGCACAUACUAUUUCCAUAAGGCCGUUAUGCCUAUCAAUUAGUCUACUGAACUUUGAUUCAAGCAAACUUAGGAGGGGAGCUUGAACUGUUUUACAAAGGAAGAUCUGAGUCUAAAUUUGGGAGAGGGAAACCACCUAACUUUGUACUGAAUUUUGAUUUUGCUGCUUCCCCACAAUACUUCUAGUGUUCUCUCACUUUCUGGAAGACAGACACAUCACACAGCCUUGUGUUUAACACAGACAACAAACAGAAUUGUGUUACAUUAAUUUAAAGGCAUUGUACUUUUUUCAUUUAGUAAGCAGAUGGGAGAGGAAAAAUAAUUACUGUUUUUUUUAAAAAAAACCAAUGAUGUAAUAAAGGGGAAAAAUGA